GUAUGGAGGCGGGGCCGGGUUGCGUGCUGAGACCGCCUUCCCUGUUGAGUCAGAGGCGCGUUGCGAGCCGCCUGGAAGCGUUUGUAACAAACAGGAGCCCGGAGAGCGAAGCGAGGCGGGCGUUCUGAUUAGCGCGCUGGGACAAAGUGAAAGAAUCCUGGGAGGCUGAACGUUCCAAAGAAAGUUACAUUCCAGGGCCGGAGCAGCAGCAACGAGUCGCUUGCCCGGGGGGCGUUUUCUCACGGAGGCGGCGGAUCUUCCCAGCCCUUGUGGACCGAGGGCGAAGAAGAAGCAGAGGCGCAGGACCCGGGGGGGCGCGUUAAACUGGGGGCCGAGAAAAUGAAUCGGAGUUUUAAUAAAUCUCAGAGUCUGCGGUAUUUUGGUUAUAGCGCGGUGGAAGUCAAAAGUAAGUUUGGUGCAGAAUUUCGAAGAUUUUCUCUGGAUCGUUACAAACCAGGGAAAUUUGAAGACUUCUACAAACUUAUUCUUCACAUCCACCACAUAUCCAACAUGGAAGUUAUGAUUGGAUAUGCAGAUAUCCACGGGGAUCUUCUUCCUAUAAAUAAUGAUGACAACUUCUUCAAGGCUGUCUCAAGUGCAAACCCGUUGCUUAGGAUUUUUAUACAAAAACAAGAUGAAGCAGAUUAUGGUAAUUUUGGUUCAAACACCUUGACCAGGAAAAAGAAAGCUCUUGUGACCCUCCGGAAUGACAAUCUUCGCAGGCGCCCCCAUGUUAACAUCAGCAUGCCACAUGACUUUCGGCCAGUGUCUUCCAUCAUUGAUGUGGACAUUUUACCUGAAACUCAUAGGAGGGUCAGAUUAUAUCGACAUGGAUGUGAAAAGCCACUAGGAUUUUACAUUCGUGAUGGGACGAGCGUCAGAGUAACUCCUCAUGGGCUGGAAAAGGUACCAGGCAUUUUUAUCUCACGAAUGGUUCCUGGUGGCUUAGCAGAGAGUACAGGCUUGCUAGCUGUCAAUGAUGAAGUCUUGGAAGUGAAUGGCAUAGAAGUGGCAGGAAAAACGCUUGACCAGGUAACAGACAUGAUGAUUGCCAACAGCCAUAAUCUUAUCAUCACUGUCAAGCCAGCAAACCAAAGGAACAAUAUUAUCAGAAGCAGUCGGAUGUCUGGGAGCUCAGGCCAAUCUACAGACAGCACUGCGAGCCACCACAGUUUGCCUUCUUCUCAUGUCCUGCAGAACUUCCACCCUGAUGAAAUGGAGAGUGAUGAGGAGGCUGACAUUGUUAUUGAGGGUUGUCUGGAACCACAGCACAUUCCAAAAUCACACAGUCUUCCAUCUGGCAGCCUUUCCCGAAUUAAUGGCAACAGUCUUAGUCACAGACUACAGAGGGACCUGAUAUUCAAUAACAGCUUGGGGCGCGAAAGCAAUGGCAAUAUUCACAAAAUUCUAAGUUCCUUAAAAACUGAUCCUCGUCAUAGCUUGGUUCUCCCCAAAGGUGGUAUUGAGGAGGAUGGAACAGUGAUUACACUCUAGUGGAUGUUUGUAUGUAUGUCUUUUGUCUGACGUGCCAACUGGAUCAAACCUAUCAAUACAUUGAAGUGUGGGGACCUUCACUCUCAUAAACCUUUGCAUGGAACAUGUUACUGUCCAGAAAAGUGUGGUUUCACAAGUACACAUAAAAGUGUGACCUAUUGCAACUCAUGAAAAAGUGUAAAUAUGAUUUUUUUUUACUUCCAGGUUCAAAAUGAGGGAGUGAGCAAAGUGCUAAACUGUUUGUUAAAAAAAAUCUUUUUAAAAACCCUUUGGCUAGAUUACAGAAAUGCUAUCUGUUGAAUUGCAUAUCUGCUAAAUGUGUAGAGGUACCCUGCAUACAUACAAGUACAUAUUUUAUAUUUGGGUGAUGAUAACAACAAUAAUUUGGAAUGGACUUUCAUUCAUUCAUUAGUCUUGGUGGAAAAAAUUACCCUUGAAUGUUCUAAAAUUUCAAGGUUUAAUUGCCUGCCAUUAGAUACUGUUCUUUAGCUUGUUUACACAGAAAAUUUAUAUUGCACCUAAUUCAGAAAAGGGCUGCCUAAAGAAUCUGAUUUGUACUCUGUUCGUGUUGUGGGGAUGCUACAUUUACAUGUUUUAAAACAAAAUUCUGACCAAAUAAUGAUUUGUAUUAUAUUUUUUAAAAAUUCUGAGGUGGAGCAGAAGAUGGAUAUUGUUGCUGUCAUUUCCUUUUAGAUCAGCACCACAUGCUGGUCAGUGGCAAUGCUGUCUGAAUUCUAAACUUCAAUUCAAUUCUAAACAUGUGAAAAGGUAGGGGAGAUGGCAUGGAAGAUUUAGUUACCGCACCACCAUUAUGUGAGAUGUGCAUUCUCUUUUUAUUGCUAAAAUAUUUAUUAGACAAAUGAUUCCAGUUUUAGUUAUCGUUUUCUUAUUUUGGUAAGAAAACAUAACAAUGCAGUUGACUUUAGGCACUUCGAGAAGUUCAUCCGAAUUGAUCUUAUUGUUCAGAAUUAGCUUCAACCCAUAGUCUUUAAUAAUGAUAGCUGGCCACUCCUUGAUGCAUAUUGACUGAUUUUCGAAUCUAGUUUAUUGAACUUCCCACCCCCCCUCCCCAGGAGCAGCUACAAUUCAGCAUCAUAUAGAAAGUUUAAAGAAACGUGUAUCUUAGGCUGUUGUUGUCAUGAUCAUGAUUAAUUAUACAAUGAGGCAAUAACAGUCUAUUCCAAACUAAAGUUUUGUUUCAGCUGUUUCUCUCUUACAUAAAAUGCCACAAGUUGUUAAUAGAAAAAAAUCUUGUUGAAUAUAUUCAUGAAAUGUCUAGAAACAAAAUGUAAUUGUUUUACAGUGUAUUUUUCUAUUUUAGCUGUCAUUUUCUUUGUUUUUAUUGUGUAGUAUUGUAUAUAAUUAAAGUCUUUCUAAAGGAA